AUGAAGAAACAACACGCCUCCUCCUCCUCUCAAUCCUCGCAAAAAGUGUGUUUGUGCUUCCACGGCUUCUCGCAAAACGGCCUCGUUUUCCGCCAAAGAACCGGUUCCAUUCGGACGAAGACGUUGAAACGCGAGUACGAGUUUGUUUUUCUCGACGCGCCGCAUCGCGUGGAUGGCGUUUUCGAUGUGGACGACGUGAACGACGAAAAGAAUAUCGAGAAAAGAGAGAACGAAGAAACGAUGCGAUCGUGGUGGUUAGCCGGGGAAAACGUGUCCUCCGGAGCGACGAAAGCGAAAGAUGGGAGCUGGAUACGUCCGGCAAAGAGCACAAAAAUCGUUCGCUUGGAGGAAACUGUCGCGUUGAUUGAAAACGCGCUUAAAGAGCACGAAGGACGCGUGCGCGCUCUGGUUGGAUUUUCGCAAGGCGCGACGUUGAUUGGAAUACUGAAGCGAGUGAAACCGGAAUUGUUUGAGAACGUGAGAAGGGUGGUCAGCGUCGCCGGGUUUGAUCCUUUAGACGCGCGGUUUUACGAGAAAGACGGCUUUGACGAGAAUUUGAGCGUCAUCGACGUCCCGUCGAUGCACGUGCACGGGAAGAACGACGCUCUGGUCACUCGAGACCGAUCUGAUCGCUUAAGAGAUAAAUUCUACAACAAGGAGAAAUCAGUCGUGUUCGAACACGAGGGCGGACACGGCGUGCCAACCUCGAGAGAGUUUCGCGAGGCGUUUGAGAAGUUCCUCUUGAUACCGGACGGAGAAGGAAAAGACGAGUAG